AGUUCGAGGUUAAAUGUUUCUAUGAAAAGACGUGCUUUUCGGUCGUGUGCAUAAUGAUUUUCCCACAACGUGUACUACCCUCAGUUCAGUGUGUAUAUAUAUACGUCUUAAAAAAAUAUUCAACGGGGAGAUGCGUCGAAAAAUGAAAAUCGAAUAAACAAUCUAUCUUUCAUUGGGCAAGAACCAACGAAAAAAAAAAUAAAACAGAACCCACACACAUACUCUAUACAAAUCGACUUUUGUUCAGUGAGUUUUAUUGUUGUUUGGUUUUUUUUUCGGUCUGUUUUUGGUUUUGGAGAAAAAAGGACAAACAUCGGAAAAUGUUGGUGUAGAAACAGAAACGGAAAAAAAAAUUCACGUCAAAUUUUACUUUUGGAACUGACAAAAAAAAUUACAGAAGAAAGAACGAAGUGUAAGCCAGUUUAAUUUUCACGAAAAAAAAUAUUUAUCGUGUGUAUUUCGUUGUAAAAGAAAAAAACAAAUUACAAACGGAGAGAAUUAAGAGAAACAACAACAAAUGAACGAAACCAAGAAAUGGAAAUGAAAUUAAGUUGUGAGCAGGAGAAAAAAAAAACAAUAUAGCAAAAGAUCACAUCGACCCCGUGUGGAAUGCAUAUUUGGGUUUCGACAUCAAGUUGUCAACGAGCAUUGGUGGCCCAUUGAAAUAAGAAGUGCUGCCUUUGAUCAUAGUUACUAUACAGUGGCCCUAAAUCGUGUUGGAAUUGAAAAAAUCACUUUGAAUUCAGGUGUAGAGAAGGUAUUCGGUCCAUGUUUUGGAUCAACGUUUAUAACAGCACCAGACGGCAGUAGAACAAAGUUUGUCUCGCAUCCAAGAUGGAAUGUUAUAUGCUGAAUUGGACUUGAAUCUUUGUAAGGAAAUGAAAGAGAAAUGCGGAUUCAAUAGCUCACAACGUCUAUCGUACUACAAAAAUAAAUGGACUCAAGCCGCGCAUCCAUCAUUUAUUCCACAAAUUAUUUCAGAAAAAUAAAAACAAAUUCAUCAUUUUUCUUUUUUGUUUUGUCUAUUUAAACAAAUAGAUUUGAUUUUACAACAUUUCAACCGUCGCAUUAACCGUAUCCAUUGUCCAUAUUCUGAUGUAGCAUUGAACGCACUUCAAUUUGCAGCGAAAUAAGAAAAAAAAUGCGCAAAGUGACAUUUGUUUAGAUACAACAUUUGGUUCAAUUUACAACAUAAAUUUGUUCUUUAUUUCUUUUUGCUGUGAAUCAACAUUUUCUAGCCGAUUUUCCAAAAGAAACGACGAAUACAACAAUCACGUUUUUAGUUCGGUUUAGUUUGAUUAUAAAAUUUGUGUUUUUGCUGUCGAAUAAAAUUUUCUAAACGAGUGAGAAAAAAACACACAAAAAUGGAAAAUGCAAAAAAUGGCGCGAGCGAAUCACUUACAUACAGUUCAUUGGAAGCGUCUCAGAUGCAGCCUGAAGUUCCUGAUUUCUUGACCAGCAUCAAAAAUGCACUGGAAGGCCCAAACGUUUAUAAUUUCGCCAAUCUGUUGGUACAUCCAAAUGUUCGCAAGUUGAAAAAUACAGCGCACACCAACUAUUUGCACACAUUGCAUCUGUUUGCGUAUGGUACAUACAAAGAGUACCUGGCAAACCGAGGCAAUUACAUCGAAUUGAGUGAUGCCAUGGAAAAUAAAUUGAAACAUCUUACCAUCGAAAGAAUGGCUAUUCGUAAUACCUGCAUUCCUUAUGAAGACCUAUGUGCACGUUUGAAUGUCAAUGUUGAUUCUGAUUUGGAACAAUUGAUCAAUGAAACCAUCGCAGCUGGUCUCAUUCAAGGUAGUUCAGAUGCCAUGAAGCGAGAGCUGAGAAUAGAUUAUGUGAUCAGUGUUGAAAAUAUAGGCGUUCAAAUGAUCGAAAAUGCACUCGGAAAAUUGAACGUCUGUGAUUUUACCACUCUAUUGGCACAUCCAAAUGUUCGCAAGUUGAAAAAUACAGCGCACACCAACUAUUUGCACACAUUGCAACUGUUUGCGUAUGAUACAUACAAAGAGUACAUGGCAAACCGAGGCAAUUACAUCGUAUUGAGUGAUGCCAUGGAAAAUAAAUUGAAACAUCUUACCAUCGUGAAAAUGGCUUUUGGUAAUAAAUGCAUUCCGUAUGAAGACCUACGUGCACGUUUGAAUGUCAAGGUUGAUUCUGAUUUGGAACAAUUGAUCAAUGAAACCAUCGCAGCUGGUUUCAUUCAAGGUGGUCCGGAUGCCGUGAACCGAGUGCUGAAAAUCGAUUACAUAGUACCUCUUGACAUUCGAGGUAAAAGACUUAAAUCAUUUUGGGAAAGAAUAAUUGGCUCUAAAGUGCAGGUAUGCUUCAAAUUAGUUGUAGGGGUAAUACUUUUUUUUUCUUGCUUUAAUUAUUGUUUCGGCGAAUCAGUUCUCUAUUGGUACGGCAAUAUCGAUUAUUGUAGCUUUUGUUGUUGUAUAUCUGAUCGCAUCUUCUGCACUAUCAUAUUUUUAUUCGAUUGCAUCAUAAUUGUUUAUAAAUUGGUUGAUUUUUGGAUUCCUGUUGCUUUUUUCUAAGAAAAUUGUUUCUGCAUUGUUGUUGUUGUUUGCUGUUGUUGCAUUUUUGAUUUUUAUAAUUUGAAUAAAAUGUAUAUACAAUUCUCCUAUAAUUUUAUUUGUUCAUCAGUUUUGAAAUCUUGAAAUUUUUUGGAAAUAUUUCGGCUGGCACAUAGCUUAGUGCUUUUCCAAUGUUAUCAAAUAUUUAAAUUUUCUAUAUUAUCUAUUAUAUCUAUUUUUUUACAUAGCAGCGUUGGAUCGAACUAUCGGUUCACAUUCUUGGAAUGAGAGAUAAACUUGUUGGAAAAAGGAAACAUUAUGCUUAUAAGUAAAAAUUUUAUCUUAUAGAUUAUAAUAUUUAUGAGUCGUUGCAUUUAUGACAAAUCCAUUCAAAUAUUUACAGUUUAAAUAACCUUAGAAUGAAUCUCACCCAUUUUUUCCUUUACAGAAUGUAAUGUUUUAUUCUGUUACUAUUAAAUAUUGAUAUAUGAUAACGAAGAAUACAUGAAAAAACACAGAAAA